AUAACAAUAAACAACCCCGAAACAAGGGAUACGCGAAGAGGACUUAUCGCUGCGAUUCGACACAAAGCUGGCGAAAAUAUGAGUUGAGACGGAUACCGUCAGCUGGAGUAAAGUCUCGAAAAGUAUCGUGGGAGCUUCUUGGGUCCUGACACAAAGGAUUUUGUAGUUUUUGUGUCCACCUUAGGGAGAACUAGAGUUACGGUAUACCCCUUCCUUAGCCCCUUGUAGCUAGCUGUGGCUCAUUCCUUGUUUUUGCACACUUUGUUUUAGUCUGUUAUGCAGUUUCCAGAGGACUGUACUCGCACUCGUUCUCCUCCACCACCUCUUCGCUCCCUCUCCCCGCUCUCUCUGGCCCUAUGUCUCGCUGGUUUUUCCCCUGGUCGGGCUCAAUCAAGAAGCGGGCCUGUCGGUACCUUUUACAGCACUACCUCGGUCACUUUUUGCAGGAGCGAUUGAGCCUCGAUCAGCUGGGCUUGGACUUGUACAACGGCAGCGGUGUCAUCAAGGAUAUCAACCUCGAUGUUUGGGCGGUCAAUGAGCUUUUGGAGUCCCUGGGGGCCCCUCUGGAGAUAGUAGAUGGCUUUGUGAGCAGCAUAACGGUGACCAUCCCUUGGCAGGCUCUCUUGACUGAUCACUGCACCUUAGAGGUUUCUGGUCUUCAGAUAACAUGCCGACCCAAGUACCGAACCAGUGGGGGCUGGGACUCGCAAGGUUGGUCGUCCAGCAUGACCUCCAGCAUGCAGCUGGCUCAGGAGUGCCUAAAGGACCCCCCUGAGGCUUCAGAGGAGCCCCCUGCCCCACUGGAGGGGCUUGAGAUGUUUGCACAGACUAUUGAGACGG